AUGACAAGAGUGACGUCAGAACAAAUGACACCGCUUGUGUCGUUUGGUUUAGUAACAGAUGUACAAUACGCCGACGUAGAGGACGGAUGGGAUUUCCACCAUACAUCGCAGCGAUACUAUCGCAAUGCCUUACCGCAGUUACAAGCGACAGUUGCAGAGUGGCUACGCGUGGCCAAGAGUGAAACUUCGACGACCAAACUUCGCUUCGCCGUGAAUUUAGGAGAUCUCAUUGAUGGUAAGAACCGACCAGCUUUUACGUCACGACAAGCUCUGGAGAGUACCAAAGCAGCUUGGAAGCUAUUUGAAGACACAGUGGGGCCAGUGCAUCACCUCGUUGGCAACCACGAGCUUUACAAUUUUCCAGCAUCGGUGAUCCAGAAGGAACUUCUUUAUCAACCGCCAAGGACAGUUGAGAGUGCACCUCGACGUAGUUACUAUGACUUUCAAGUACCUGAUGCACCAAACUUCCGCUUUGUAGUGCUAGAUUGCUACGGGUUGUCCGUCCUUGGACGUGAGAAAAGCGACCCGGUGUACCAAGAAGCCUUGGCACUACUGCGUCGUAUAAACCCGAACGAGAACUUUAAUUCUCCUACAGGUCUUAUGAACGAGCAGAGGAGGUUCGUCGCAUUCAAUGGAGCCGUGGAUCAAGAGCAGAUGUGUUGGCUGGAGGAGACUCUUGUCAAGGCGACGAAAAAUAAGGACCACGUCGUGAUUUUUACGCACGUUCCGAUCCACCCGAGCACGACACCAGCACCUUCUAGUUUAUUGUGGAACUACCCAGAAAUGCUAGAGCUCAUCCGGCGUUUCAGCUGUGUUCGUGUCGUCUUUUCGGGUCAUUCACAUGCUGACGGAUACGUGUAUGAACAUGACGGCAUGCACAGCAAUGGAGUGCACUUUGUUGUGUGCGACGCCAUCCUAGAAUGCACACCGACCGAGACUGCACAUGCACUAGUGCAUGUAUUCCAUGAUAAAUUGGUCGUCCAAGGCUACGGUAAGAUUCCUACACGCGAACUUUGCUUCUUAUAG